AUGUCUGGCGAGAAGUAUUCCUAUGGUCCUUCCGGCCCGUGGGAGCCUGUCGACAACUACACUACAUCGCACCUCGACGCACGCCUCAAGCCUUCGCUGACCGAAGCCCUCGAUCAUGCCGACAAGAACUCGCAGGCUAAGGGAUUGCCCGAUAUUGCUGUCUCUCGCCCCCAAGGGAAAUUCCUUAUGCUGCAAGCCCGGCUCCUGAGAACCAAGCACGUUGUCGAGGUCGGUACCUUGGGCGGAUACAGUUCCAUUUGGUUCGCCCAUGCAAGUCCGGAUAUUAGGGUCACCACCAUCGAGGUCAACGAACACCACGCUGCCGUGGCCCGUGAAAACCUCAAGUUUGCCGGCGUUGAUGACCGCGUCGAGGUGCUUGUAGGAAGCGGCUCCGACGUCAUGGCCAAGCUCGUCGACGAAGUCAACCAAGGGAAAAGGGAACGCUUUGGACUCGCCUUCAUCGAUGCCGACAAGGAAAACAAUUGGACCUACUUUGACCAUGCUGCGAAUAUGUCCAUUCCUGGCGCCUGCUUGAUCGUGGACAAUGUCGUCAGACAGGGCUCCCUCGCCGACGCUGAGUUUGCCAAAACCAACAGCAGGACUGCAGGCUCUAGGCUGCUGGUCGAGAAGGUAGGACAAGACGAACGCACCGACGCCAUGGUAAUGCAGACGGUGGGUGGGAAAUCUUAUGACGGCUUCCUCUUUGCUGUUGUUCGGGACGAUAUCUUGGAAUUUCUCAAGAGCAAGCAGGCCUGA